GGAGAGAGGUAACGUGCUAUGGCCGUGGCUUCAUACCCGGGUCUGGUUAGCUGAGCGGCGCCGUUCCCGGGUGUGUCAUAGCCGUAACUGGGAGCUAAUAGGCACCUACACUCUGCUCUGUACUUGGGCCUGGACUUGCCUGGAGCCGCGUCCCAUGUUUUCUUUAGGCCGGACUGCAUGUUGCCGGCGGCCUACUGGCAUUGCUAGGGAUUGCGCUUAGUAAGGGCCUGGUGUAUAGAGCAGCGCACUGGCACUGAGGGUAGCGCUAUGUUUCCCGCUGGGAUCCCGUUCUGAUUGGGGCAUUAUUAAUGAGACCUUUGUGCCUGAAAAUGUCUGCCCACCUGCAAUGGAUGGUUAUUCGCAAUUGCUCCAGCUUUCUUGUCAAAAGAAACCAUCGCAUCUUUAGUACAGAGCCAAACAAUCUAAAAGCAAGAAACUCAUUUCGGUACAAUGGCCUCAUCCACAAGAAAACAGUCGGUGUUGAGCCUGCAGCUGAUGGAAAGGGGGUCAUUGUUGUUCUAAAGAAACGUGCAGGUCAGCGCAAACCUGCAACAUCUUAUGAAAAAAUUACCAUCAACAAGAACUCCCGCUCCACUCUGAGCAGCGUGCGUCACAUUAUCCGCAAGAACAACUACAGGAAGGAUCUCCGCAUGGCUGCUCUCCGCCGUGCUAGCGCCAUCCUGAAGAGCCAGAAACCAGUUGUGGUAAAGAAGAAGCGCACCCGGGCUGCCAAGACUGCAUAAAUGUGUUCUGCAGAUGUGUGCAAUAAAAUGGUUUCAUAUUGAUA